CCGACCUCCUCGCUACAUGCUGGACAAUUGCCGAUCUCCCGCCCUGCAGCCGAUGCCCAGCGCAACAAAUCUUCGAGACAACAUCUUCUUCGACAAUUCCACGACGACGCCAUGUUUGAAGUGCCGGAUGCGAAGCGGGUUCGCCGCGACGAGCUGCACUCUCCCACAUCAUCGCCGCGCUCCUCGCCAGAUCCAGACCUCGAACAGCUCCUGCGGUCCAGAAUACAAAACGAAUUCACCUACACCAUCGCCACCACCGACCAUCAUGUCGAUGAUACCAACGAUAUCGCGCAAAGUGACCAGGAUGAGACAGAGUUGCGUCUCUUCGCUGCGCCCGCAAAUACCGCUCCACAGUCGCACAAGAUCCGAAUUUCAUCUCCAGACACCGAUAGCGGAGAGCCAGGACUGGUUUUGAAGAAACCACGGAGCUAUUAUUUCGCCGACGAACCCACAAGCGAGGCCGAGGAAGAGUUCAGAGCGGCGGCCAUGGAGGGAAGGAGCGUCCUGGAGCUGUCGCAGCAGCCAUGGCCUGGUUGCGCCCUGCCGUGGAAGGUACGCAAGAUAUCACCGGCUGGCAUGAGUAGAGAGGUGCUGGUUGGCCAUCCUCCCAUGCUGGUUCUUGUCCAAGACAAGGCAAACAAGCGCACAAGAAAAGGCAAGAAGUCACGCAUAGCCAUUAGAAAGAAGUUACAGGAAGCAAAGGAGAAGGAAAGCGAAGCAGCACGUCUUGCACGGGAGAAGGAGGAAGCCAAGCGUGAGAAGAACACACGGAGGAAUCGAGAGAAGAAGCUCAAGCAGAAGGCAAAGCAGCAGGCCAAGAGGGCAGCGGAUGGCGCUUCUGAAAGCGCCGCAGAUGGCAUGGAUGGUGUGGAAACUACGGCGACUGAGAGCCAACCUGUCGCAAACUACUGCAAUCGUCGACUAUAUCUACUCUGUUCCUCACCGUUUCUACUUACUUGCCCUUCACGGCUUACUUGGACUGCCAAAAUGGAUCACAACCACGUCCGAGACAACAUGAACUCCGACAUGCCUUCAGGCUUCGAUCAGCAGUACGUUCCCAUAGAUCCCAAUCUUGAGGACAUGUUCGCUCCAUCCGUUCGAAACCACAUGUACCAAGAAUCAGCUCAGCAUUACAACUAUCAAGAACACCAACUGACUGGCUACAAUGUGGUCAUGCCCGAUGCUGUGCCGUGUGAUGCCUAUUGUACAGGCUACGAAGGGCCGAUGACACCUGCUAGUACAGCAGACCAUUUUGAACCGCAUGAUGAUCAGUUGCAUGGGGUUUCCGAAGUCCCGGACGAACAUGCCACCAACACCCAACAACAAAAAGGGACUGAGUAUUCAUCGGAGCUCUGGCGGACUUUGGUCAAUUUUGAGGUACCUGAUUUCGGACAAACUUCUGUCGACAACAUACCUGGCCUCCAAGCCCUACGCACGGCCUACCUCAGUCUCUAUGGCCCCCAAUCAACAGCCACAAACGCCACUCGCAUGCAGUACGCCAAAGCCUUUGCUUUUGCCCUGCUCACGCACUAUCACCCGGCUUCGCAAGGCUAUACUGUGGUGCCGACUUCACCCGGACCUAUGUCAAAAACAGGGAUGAACUUUUUCCUGGCUGCCGACGACGAGUCAGACAUCUGGAAGGAUAUGGGCAACAAGAAGGCCAGCAGCAUCAACAAGGCCAAUCGACGGCGAGCGCCAACAAAAAGAGAUCUUGAAAGGGCCAAAAGGGCAGAACAAGUUGCCAAGGUAGCAGAGUACAACCAUGGAUUUGCAUACAUGGCGAAUCUGCAAUGGGACUAUAUCCCGCCUCAGGACAUCGCCGCUUUUGUGGUCAUGUGUAAAUUAGAAGUCAGAGAUGAGAACACUGGUAUGAUGACGUACGAACAGCAACCACACACCUACCUCAUCAUUAUGGUUGACAACUUCGAUCAAGUCCCACGCGUCUCGAGGGAAAACACAGUCCAUCGCAGUGACAUUCUAGCGGACGCGCUAUGCCGAGGCGGCAAGGUCCGGAACGGUCACGGCAUGCUUCUCUAUGGGCCCCGGCUUGAGUGCUACACCUUUGACCGUGGAAGCGAGUGGGUUUGCCCUGAUAGCGAUGAUGAAGAAGAUGAGCAAGAACCUCAGGAUAUUGAACCUAAAAUGGAGGCGCUACAGUCUGGCGGUCAGAAUAUCGAUUUCGAUAUGCGUGCCACGAGCUUGGAAAUAGUCGACGUGGCCUUCAGGGAUAUGGCCGUGAGGCAGGUGGUGUACAUGUCUGAACCAAACCUUGAUGCAGAACAGGCUGUAGGUUCUGUAAAGAACGAUGAAGAGAUGGACGAGCAAGGACACUGCAGUGGCUUGAGAGGCGAAAAAUUCAUCUAG